AAAACCCAAAUCCGUCUCUGAAACGACGACGUAUGGUGGAUUACCGCCACGUCUCGUCUCCGAUCACGCCUUCAACCUUUAUCCCCGCCCACUCUCCUUCUGCAUCUCCCCGCUUGAACAAGCCCCAUCCCAUCACAGCGACGCCGCCGAUCUCCGCUUCUCACCCCACCGGAGACUCCACGCUGAUGUCGUCGUCCGGGUGUCCUCUCGCUAGGGUUCGGUUAUCAGACAUUCUGCCUUACGAAGGAGCUCCUUCUCCCUCCUACGCGAAAGCCGUCGAGGCUCUGUCUGCGUCUCUGAUGAGAUACAACGCUUCCGUGAUCGAGCUUGGGAGCGAAGACACCGCGCUGAUGCGGUGUGGCCUCGAAGCUGCUCGCUUGUAUUUCAGAACUCGAAAUAGCGUUUCUGGUAAAGCCAAUCGUGGCCUCUCUAUGUACAGAGCUGGAAGAUCUGUUGAGGAUUUGGAUUCGUCGCCUCCGUGUAUGGCUGAGGUUUUUCGGUGCUUGGGUAAAGUAGCGAGAGCUGCUUUGUCUGCAGUUGCAAGGCAUCUACGUCUAAGAAGCGAUGUGUUUAACCAUAUGCUCGAUGACUUCCCACUAGCUCCAAAUGAGGUCUCCUCCUCUGUGCUUUUGGCUUCCUAUGCUCAUGCUUCGAUCCAAAAUGGGAAACCUGCUUCUGGAGGUGGUAAUAUUGAGUUUGAGAAGGGUUUGUUGACACUGUUCUGCUCAGAUGGCUCUGGCAUCCAGGUAUGUGACCCAAAUGGUCGUUGGUACGCAGCAGAUAAUGGAUGUGGGAUUGGUGAUAUCUUACUCAUUACUGGCAAAGCGCUUAGUCAUGCUACUGCAGGUCUCCGUCCAGCUGCCUCUUAUAGAGCUACUACUGAUCAUUUCUCUGGCACUGACACUCGCGGAAGGGCAUCACUAGCAUUUAGGCUUAUGCCGAAAAGUAAUGCCAUACUAGAUUGCUCCCCAGUUGAAGCAGCUGGCCAUGUGAUUCCCCAAAGCUAUGUGCCAGUAUCUGUCAGUCAGUUUAUGGAUAACCUAUUGGCCGAGAAUGAGACUCCAGUUACUCCGCCUGUGAAAACCAAUGUUUCACGGGAUGAUGUUUGCAAAGAGCCUUCCUUAAGAAGUGUUCUCUCAGAUCCAAUUUCCGGUGCGUUUCUUGAAGAUGCGAUUGUCGUCUCUUGUGGGCAUUCAUUUGGUGGCCUCAUGCUUAGAAGAGUCCUUGAAAUGUCUAGAUGUACGCUCUGCAAUGCAGAAAUCGAGCCUGGGUCUCUGGUCCCUAACCAUGCUCUUAGAGCUGCUGCUUCAGCUAUAAAGCAACAAGAUGAUAAAAGACUUUUCCACAACGCAGCUAUGAGAAGGCGUAGAAAAGAAAUGAGUGAUCAAAUGGAUGUGGAACAUGGAGAUCCAGCUACGGAUGAUGGAUUACAGCAGCGAGUGGUUCAUUAUCCAUUUGCUGUAAACGAGAAAGUACUUAUCAAGGGAAACAGGAGAACACCGGAGAAGUAUGUUGGAAAGGAAGCGAUCGUGACAUCUCAAUGUCUCAAUGGCUGGUAUCUAUUAAAGAUUGUGGAGAGUGGAGACAGUGUUCGGCUGCAAUACAGAUCCCUGAAAAAGAUGACUAACGAUGACAGAGGAGGAGGAGGGCUACUUGUUCAACCGGUUGAGAGCAAUAGCUUGUAGAAAUGUAAUCAUCAUAUUUGAGCCUUUCUAUUUCUUCCAAAUAUUCUCUAUUUCUAGAAAGAAAAAGAAAAAAAGGUAAUGUAGUUUGGGGUUUGAAACUCUGCAUAAGUUUAAAAUCAUUUGGGCUAGAGAAGUAGUAAAAGACUGUUGAAAACUAUAUAUUAGCCUCCCAAGUGUUAGAGGUUUUGUACAGAACAAGUGUUGGAUUAUAAAGGAGAAGACUAGCACAAGUAUGAAUUUGGUCUA